AUGGCGACAAACAAUCUAUCCAUUUCCUUCGAGGACUACCUUCAGCUCGAGAAAUGCGCCUUCAACUGGGGCGACAGCUACGAUGCCAAAGAUUGGGACCGUCUCCGGGCCAUCAUCGCGCCAACCCUAAGAAUCGACUACCGCCUGGUGAUGGACGACCGCUGGUUCUGGCCCGAGAUGCAGGCGGACGACUUCCUGGCCAUGAUCUCCUCCGAGGGGUUCCUGGGCGACCCCUGCGUGAAGACGCAGCACCUGCUGGGGGCGCACUGGUGGGAGCGCGUCUCCGAGACCGAAGUCAUCGGCCAUCACCAGCUGCGCGCCGCCCACUUGCGCUACACCGACGCCACGCGCUCCACCGUCAGCAAGCGCGGCCACGGCCACGCCACCAACACCCACUACUACCGCAAGGUCGACGGCCAGUGGAAGUUCGCCGGCAUCCGGCCCCUCGUCCGCUGGAAUGAGUGGGACUUCGAGCACAUCUUCCGCGGCUUGGAGUUUCCGGACGAGACGACGACGACGGCCUCUAGCAGCGGGGAGGGUAAGCAGCGGAAGCAGAAGCUGCAGUUCAAGGCGUUGCCGGCGCCGGAGGUCGGGGAUGUGGUGGAGGAGGCUGUCUAA